GGCAUGGCCUCCCACGGGGGUCCCUGAGCUCCGCUUUGAGCAGAAGCAGUUAGGCCUGAUGGCUGAAUGGGGCUCUGCUGCCGCCAAGAUGCCGUCGCCUCAGACAGUGGCCUCUGGGCCGGAGCUGCACAACCCCAGGGAGCCUGUGGUACCCCAGAUCCCAGCUCAGGGCAGUCGGAAGGCAAGCAGCGAGGAUGCGUCCAGCGCCCAUCGUGAGGGCUUGAGGCCUGGCCUGGGCACCCUUCGGCGGGCCUUCUCAAAGGCAAGCCAGUGGGCUUCGGGCUGCGCCCCCCAGGAGGACCCAGGCCUGCUCAGGCGCAGCUCCCGCCUCUUGUUCCGGUCUUUACGGCGUGCUCGGGACGAGGGCCCGGCUGCUGACCAGACCCAGGCUGCCACUGGGCCAGGGGUGGCCCAUGGCCGGGAGGCGCCCUCAAGGGCCAUCGACGGUGUCAGCCCGCAGUCAUCCACUGGGGCAGGGCCUGCGGAACUAGAAGGUGAGGCAGAAGACAUAUCUGUGGCUGACCUCAUCACGGAGCGGAAACUGCUGGCGGCCUUCGAGCAGCUGCGGCACCUCGAGACUCGGCUAGUGGCCGAGAAAGCCUCGCGCACCUUCGAGCAGGACCCCACGGGCUUUGCGCGGCGCGCCAUGGACCUGUGCCUGCACUACGACGGGCUGGCUGCGGAGAUCGGCGCCAUCGUGCUCGAGACCCUGGGCCCAGACGGCGUGGACGCGGCCGUGCUCGCGGAGCUGGCCCGCGUGGUGCGCGCGGAAGAGGAGGCCCACCCAGAGCCCCCUGCAGACGGCGACUUUCUGUGCACGCCGCGCCACUGGCGCCAGCACUGGGAGGACGCGGUGCGCCGGAGCGCGCGGGAGCGUGUGCAGCAGGUGAGCGCGGGGGAGGCCCCGGGGUCCGGCUUGGCCCAGCUUCUGGACGAGCUCGGCCGCUUGGUUCGCCACGACCUGCAGAAGGUGCAGCUGGAGGUGCACCCGGCUUACGCGGCCGCCGGCUAUCCCGCGUGGGAGGCCUACCGGCGCGCCUUCCACGGCGCAGUGGCCCAGCGCCUCCAGGAGCUGGCGCACGACGCCCACGGCUGCGAGCAGCUCUACAUCCUGCUGGACUGGGCCUCCAAUGUCUACAGCAGUCCUGAUUUCCUGGGCUCCCAGGACCUGGCUCUGCCCUCGGAGCCGCUGCCCCCACUCCUGGCACCCGAUGUGUGGGCCCGACUCGAGAGCGACUACGCCAGCUUCCUGGAGACCAAGAUCGCGAGCUGCUUCGAUGGCAUCCUGCAGGUAGAACAGAGUCGCUGGGUGGCUGCCGAGGCCCCCGACGUGCUGCAGGGCCACUACCAUACGCCGCUGUCCGUUGACGUACACAUGCUCGUGGCACAGCACGUGAAGGCAGCCGGCGUCAUCUCCGCGGAGCUGGAGGCCACCACCUUGCAGAUCUGCACGCGGGCCCUUGGCCUCUUCCUGCCCAGGUUUGAAAAGGCUUUCCUGGAGUCGGGGGCGGUGAGCGAGCCUAACCUGUGCGCCAACAUCAAUGCUUGCGAGGAGUUCAGAACUCAUCUUCUGGCCAGGUUCCCAGGAAGCCUUGAAGAGCUGGAGAAGCCCCUGGUGGCUGCCACCUGCGCCUUUCAGAAGCAGCUGCUCCAGGGCUUUCAGGGUGAUGUGCAGCCGCUCUUCAAGGUCCUGUGCACCAAGGCCUGGCUGACACAGGACGUGCUGCAGCCCCUCCUGGACAAGGUGGUGGCAUUCGCCGGCCACCUCGAGCAUGUGGUCCCGCCCCGGGCGCAGGAGACUCUGCAGGAGGUACACCGUUACGUCGUCCGCGAGUACCUGGCGCAGGCGCUGAGGCCCCGCGAGCGGUUCCGGGGUGUGGAGCGCGUGAGUGGCUCCCAGAAAAUGGGCCUGGACGCCCAGGCCAUUGGCAACACCUUCCAGGACCUGGGCUCUGAGGCCACUUGGUUGGGCCGAGCUAUCCCGUGCGUGGCGGACAUACUGGGCGAGACUUACAAAGACGACAUCCGGCGGCACCUGGAGACACUCAUCCGGAGCUACCCCGACAUCAGGCGGGACCACGUGCUGGCCAUUCUAGCGCUGCGCCGACUGGGCCACCGUCGGAACCAGCACCUCCUGACGCAUGCCCAGGACCUGCUGAGGGCCGUGGCCAAGGCAGGGGGCCCCGGCGCUGCUGAGGGCCACGUGCUCUUCGAGGAGAUCGAGGUGCCCACCUCCAUGGAUGUGCUAGUCACCUGCAUCUAG